AAUCUCACCUGUCGGGAAACUGAAAAGGGACACUACAAAUUGAAAGAACAAAUGCAAAAAAAAAAAAAAAAAAAAAAAAAAAAAAAAAAAAAAAAAAACGCAUAUAUCAGAAAUUUGAAAUUGCAAAAUCCCCAAAACCCUUGAGGAAAAUUGAAAUUAGGAAAGCGGGUGAAAUGGAAGGCAGUGAGAGCGAGAAGGUGUUCGAUUCAUUGAACCUAAAUCCCCAGCUCUUCAUCAAUGAAGCUCUCAAUUUCGUCGAUGAUUUAGUCGGCGAUGCCUUUGAUUUUUUCCACCAAGAGGCUGCAAAGGUUUUAAAAACAGAAGAAACAGAUCGAUCUGAAGAUCUGAAAAAGGGUGUUGAUAAUGUUAAGAACAUAAUCCAAUUGGCUCUGGAUAAGCGGUUGAGUAUGUGGGAGAAGUACUCUUUGCACCACUGUUUUACAGUUCCUCAAGGGUUCUCUUUGCCAAAACCUGAAGGACCAUCCGGUGAUUCUUCAUUUGAUAUUAAUGGUAUUGAGAAUCCUGAACUAGCCUCAAAGUUGGAUUUCUUAAGGAACAAACUUUCUCAGGUUGGAAAAGAGUCUGCUGAGCUCAACCGAGAACUACAAGCACUGGAAAGGCAGUCCAUGUUAAGUGGUUGCUCUGUGGCCUCUCUUACUGAAGCAUUAGAGUUGUAUCAUCAACUAUCAGUGAAUGAUAAGUUUGAAGAAUUAGUACGGACUGCAUCAGAUUUUCAUACCAAAGUGGAGAAAUUGACAAGCAGAAUGGAGGGCCCUGAGCUCCCAAGAGCUAAGAAAAGUCGCAUCUCAAAUGGUGAACUGUAUAGAAUAAAUAAUGAUGAAGGCCUCCUGAGUGCAACAAUAGAGGAACUUCAAGAACUUGUGGAUGAUAUAAAGACUCUUCGUGACUAAGCAGCAACUUAAUUUACUAGUGCUGUAAAGAAGUGCUUCUGUAGAUUCUUAGUCAUGUAAGAAUUUUUCGAUGUGAUAUAUUUCUUUGUCUGACAUACUUAAAAUUUGAGAUCAGUAAGCGGUUCACUAGGACAUGAUUAGACUUUCAAGACAGAAGUACUGUAUAAUGAUAAAUAAGAAAAAACAUUAAGUUAAAA